AACUUUAUAAGAGGCGCUCUUUCAUUUCUUGGUGAUUUUAAUCACAAGAUGUUUACUCAACAAGUUAAUAUGAUGUGACUCCCCUUGAGCUUCCUACUUUUUUCCUCUUCGUUUUUCUUAACAUUACUGGUUCAACUCUGGAAACCGCAAUAAUUUUUAACUAAUCAUUUGGUCUAGUUUGUUGCUCUUGUUCAAUAAACCAAUCAUACACCAGUUACCAUUGGUUUUAAUUUUGCGCCAAUUUUAUUAUGUGGGUUAAAACCAUUUUUGGAUUCCUUGUAACAGCUCACUGUUGCUUCCUCUUGAGUUGUACACUUCAAAUCAAUGAUUCUCACCCUGAAAAUGGAUCUGAUGAACUAUCAAUUACUGCCAACUACUGUGGACCCAAAUUUCUGUGCCACCUAACGGGUCAUUGUGUCUUCUAUUCAUGGGUUUGUGAUAAUGUCAGUGACUGUAUUGGUGGUGAAGACGAGGCCAAUUGUGAGACCAACGUUUGUCCUGAAGGUUAUCAUCGAUGUAACCAAACGGGCCAAUGUGUUCCCUACAAAUGGAUCUGUGAGGGUUCCUUCAUGUGUCCCGGUCACUCUGGUCCACUUCCUUGUGCCAAUUACACUUGUCCUUUGGGAAAAUUUAAAUGUACUUCUGGUCGUUGUAUACCUAACUAUCUCAUAUGUGAUGGAGAUCCUGAUUGUGAUGAUGGUUCCGAUGAGACUGAGCAAAUGUGCGCUAUCUAUUGUUCCUCUUCAACCGGCAAAUAUCUUUGUGCAGGUGGACGUAAAUGUAUAUCGACAAUGUCUCAAUGUGACUUGAUCUAUGAUUGCCCUCAAAUGGACGAUGAAUACAACUGUUCAAUAGAUUAGCUAAAAUACUACCCAAUGUAUAAUAUAAAAACAAACAAAUCAACAUCCUUCAAAUCUUCAUUUUCUGGUUCAUUUCGUCUUCUGUUUUUCUUUCACCAAUCACACUCACCAUCAACAAUCUCAUUAACUAUACCUAUUACUUCAUUUAAUACUUCAACUUGAGCAUUUUCACUAUCAAUCAAUCUCGUAUUGCAUGGAAAGUAAAACUCUUCAGUAUUUACCUCAAAAACAUCAACAUUAAUAUUAUUCCACUCAUCAUGUUACAUAUGUUUGUUACUUACAUGUAUUAUUGUAUCCUAA